UCUCUUCUUCUAAAGAAACCUGAAAUUUCGAUUUCAAUCGGCGUACGGAGAAGCCCUAAUAUAAUUCCACCACCAGCGAGCGCAUAUUCACGGCCACGGGACUUCAAUUAAUUGAGAUUCUCUAUCGUAUCCACCAUAGCCAUAGCCACUUUGGGAAUUGUAAUACGAGAUGUUCAAGAACACCUUCCAGUCAGGGUUUCUUUCCAUUUUAUACAGCCUUGGGAGCAAGCCAUUGCAGAUCUGGGACAAGGAAAUUGUUGAUGGCCAGAUUAAACGAUUACAAGAUGAAGACAUACACUCCAAUGUUCUUGAACUAGUAGGAACAAACGUACAAUCAACCUUCAUCACUUGCCCUGCAGAUCCAGCCGCAACACUUGGUAUAAAGUUGCCCUUCUUAGUUAUGAUAGUUAAAAAUAUGAAGAAGUAUUUCACGUUUGAGAUCCAAGUGCUGGAUGACAAGAAUGUGAGGCGAAGAUUCCGAGCUUCUAAUUUUCAAGCUGUGACUAGAGUUAAGCCAUAUAUUUGCACAAUGCCCUUGAAAUUGGACGAGGGAUGGAAUCAAAUUCAAUUAAAUCUUGCUGAUUUAGUUAGACGUGCAUAUGGGACCAACUAUGUUGAGACAUUGAGAGUUCAAGUUCAUGCAAAUUGUCGGCUAAGAAGGAUUUAUUUCUCUGACCGCCUUUAUUCUGAGGAAGAACUUCCUCCAGAAUUCAAGCUUUAUCUGCCUAUGCAGAAACCAUAAAGGUUCAUCCGAAGGCUCUCGGAAAGCUGUUAAACAAAUGGGUCUGCUCGAAUGGUGAGCCAUUCAAUGCAAUAUUGUUGCACUUUAUCUUUUUCUUUUUAGUUAAUGACUGAAAAACAAUUUUAUCUUUUGCCUAUGUAUAAUGCAUGUGUAACAGCUUUUAUAUGUUCUUAAUGCAAAACAAUUGACAUUUAAUAUUGAA